CAGAAUCCCUUGUCCUCGGUCCUGCCUUCAGCCAAUCAGAUGUCCGCCCUGUGUCACACGCAGGCUGCUCCUGUCUCAGGUGAUCCGUAUUACAGGGUUAUAAUGAACAGGCAGAAGCUGGUGAGCGAAGCGGUCCUAAAAAAUGCCCUUGACAUAAUCUAUCUGAUGACCGGAGAUGAAUACGUCAUCGUGAAAAAGAAAUCUCUCCAUAGCAACAUUCAUCUUCUGUCUGGAGAGGUGCCUGUAAUAUGUGAUGAUAUUGCAGUCUUCUUUUCCAUGGAGGAAUGGGAAUAUAUAGAAGGACACAAGGACAGUUACAAGGACGUGAUGACAGAGGGCCCCCAAACUCCUUUUGGCUUUUCAUUGAGCAGAAACUCAGACCCAUCUCAUGGAAACCUAGAGGAAAAUGGAAUGAAUGAAAGUGACACAGACCAAGAACCAAUGAAUCCAGAGAUCUUUGCAGGUGAAGUAGUAGCGAUCCAAGAAGGAGAAUGGAUGAAUGAAACAGUCACUGACCAAAUAAACUGCAAGUCAGAGAUAUUUGCAGGUGAAGUGUUAGCGAUGCAAGAAGAACGGAUGAGUGAGACAGUCACUGGUCAAAUAAACAGCAAGACAGAGACGUUUGCAGGUCAUUCUGGAAGUAUGAAGAGUGGAGCAAAAGCUGGAAAACCAUUACAUAAAAAGCAAUUAAGGAUGACACGUUUCUUUCCAAACUCAUCUUCUGUGGUAACCUACGGCGCUCCACUUAAAGCUACAGAAACCUUAGAUGGCCGAAGAGAAGGAUCGCCGUUGGACGAUCCAUCGGAUCCAUCAACAAGCCAGACACCGAAAAAGAGAAAAUUCAGGGAAGAGUGGUUAAGGGAGCUAACCUGGCUUAAAUAUGAUGCAACAACAGGCAUAGCCAUGUGUGGGGUAUGUGCCGCCUGCCCCAGCAUUGCUGACCAUGGGUCUAAGGUCGUAAAAGGCUUUUCAGGGCCGUUCAAGCUAGAGACUUUUAAAAAACAUGCCAAAUCACGCCUGCAUGAGAAAUGCAUAAAUGCUGAACCUGAUGUUACGUAGGGUAUUUUUUAAUGAGGCCUAUUCUAUUACAAUGACCACAGGGCCCUAUGAAGACUUUCAAGGACUGUUAGAAUUCAGUGGGAAAUUGGAGUUUCUGUUGCAAAACUACACAAAUGAAAACAAUGGAAAUAAUUCAUCUCUCACCACCGCAGCAAAAAAAUAGAUGCCAGAGUACGAACUGAUAUUUAAAGGAACACUAUAGUCACCAAAACAACUUUAAGCUUAAUGAAGCAGUUUUGGUGUAUAGGUCAUGCCUCUGGAGUCCCACUGUUAAAUUCUCUGCCAUAUAGGAGUUAAAUCACUUAUUUCUGUUUAUGCAGCCCUAGGCACACCAGCCUGCAUGGAAACAAAAUGGUUUCAUUUUCAGUUAGAUGUAACUUACUUUAGAGUUUAUCCCCGGCUCUGUAACCUGAACUUUAUUAACAUUAAAGGGUCUACUAACUAGGCUAUUAACCGAGCAAGAGAUAAAUAAUUCUAAAUGACACAGAAUUUGCAAUAAAGGAAGUGUAAACAUUACAUGGCUCUUUACAGGAAGUGUUUAGGAAGGCUGUGCAAGUUUCAUUAGAAUAGGUGUGGUUAGGACUGCAUAAACAAAGUGAUUUAUCUUCUAAAUAGCAGAGAAUUGAGCAGUGAGACUGGAAAGGCAUGAUUU